AAAGUUUUGGCUUCGAAGAAAUAAUUCUGCUAAAAUUUUUUAAUAAAUUAUUACGGUUAAAUGAAUAAAUGAAUGAAUACAUUAAUUAAGGAAUUUAUGAAUGAAUGAGGGAAGAAAUGAAUGAAUGAACGAACGAACAAAUGAAUGAAUGUUUAAAAAAUAUUUCAUAACUGCUUCAACACGGACAGGUAACGGAUAAUACUGAGUUAUCUAUAUAAAAAAAAUAAAUACAGACAACAACAUCUACAACAGCAAAAAUUACUACUACAAAAUGACAACAAAUUGACAAAUAUAAUCAAGAUUACAUUAUAGCGAACGAAGACUUAACUGCCAGCAGUGCGAAAUGCUUUCAGUGUCGACCGGCCACAACUCGGAAACUGGCUCCACAUCUGCACUGUACAGAGUGAGCCAGAGCACAAAUUCAGAUAGUACCGCAUCCAACCACAACAACAACAACAACAACACAAACGACAACGUUUUAAUCAACGUCCAACGACUUAACUACAGCAGCGACAGCAGCAAAGUUAGAAGCGGCAAGGACCCGCGCAAGCCCUCCGAUCGUAUACCCAGCAAAUCAAGAUGCGCCACAUUUUGCUACAACAUUCCGAGAAGCAGUCUGAUGAUCACCAUUCCCGGCUUCAUCAUCCUCGCUAUCGGCGCCAUCCUCAUCGCCACAACUGACCGACAGGAAUCUUGGACUGACGGUGGAGUCCUUCUAGUUUCUCUCGUCUUUCUGAUUCUCGGGGGUGCCUGGACCUUGUGUGGACUUGUGUACUGGACUUUUGCAUGGUGCAGGUACAAGCCUGCCCUUCUGCCUGCCAACUUCAAAAGACCACCAUCGGUGACGGCGCCCAAAUCGUCAUCCAACUACCAGCCGUCAUACGCCACUGGAGUUUUUUCUUCAGAUGUUUUCGUUACCCAUCCAACUAUUGUCGGGUCGGCUUCGUUUGGUUCUCUCAAUUCUCCAGCGCUAUAUAAUCAGCAGCCUCUGCAACAACCCUCACAGCCACAACACAGACUCAACAACACUAACAACAACAACAGCAACAAUGACAACAACAGGAUUAGCAACAGCACGGAGAGUAGUUACACAAGUAGCAACCAAGACAACAGAAUCAACAACGAGAUCCUUCAACAACACAGCUAACAAAUACAAAACAACAACAAUAUUUAACACACUCAGGGCAUUUAAUCAACUACAACAACAACAACUACUACUACUAAAACAUAAACAUCACCAACAACAACAGCAAAGGCAUUAACAACAACAAAAGCAAUCGUAAAUAAAAUGAAACAACAUCAACCUUAAUCACAACACAAACAAUAAAAUCAAAAAAAAUCACGUAAUGCUGGCAACAACAACUCUAAUAACAGCAACAAUCUAACAACAUUGAUUAAUGCCAACAACUCGGUCAAAUUCAUACAAUAAUGUAUAAAAUAUGGUCUCCUUUCAACAUUGUACAGUGUACAUAUUUGAUGUUGACUGAUGACUUCCAUUGUGAUAUUUGGAACUGGAUAAUUUUGUUUUUAUCAAAUUAUUUAUUCAUUUUUGGUUUUUAAAUCCAAUUUUUAAAUUUAUUUA